AUGCCAACAGUGGAUGUCAAGAGAGAACUGUUAUUUAAAGCUAUUGGCAAGGAAUUUAGUGAGUAACACCCAUUGCUAAGGAGCACACGUGGUAGAAACAUUGACUAACUUGCCUUUGUAUACCAUUGAAUUAUUGUUAUCUUAUUUUAAUAGCUGAUGAAGAGUUUGAAGAACUGUGCUUUGAUUUUGGACUUGAAUUGGAUGAGGUGGUAAGUUUGUGUUUAAAAGCUUUGUUAUUAAGGAUCUAACAUUGUAGACUCUUCUGGAACGAGAAGACACUCAUUACUACAGACUACAUAGAUAGACACUCGUGCCAUAAACCUUCGUCACGUAGGUAGUUUCCGGCCUUUGGUCACCCAAACUUUGCCGUUAGGUUAAGAGUUUGUAGGCUUACUAGAUAUGUUGUUUAUGGCGUCUUUUUAACAUAGACUCAAUUUGCAUUCAAGAAAAUAAUGAUACAAGCACUAGCUUGUAAAAGAGUUUCUCCAAAUUUGGCCAACUGAAUUAGAUACUAAAUUAAGUCAUCCAAAGCGAAGGGUGGCAAAGGGGGAGGGGUACUUAUCACGCAGCAUGCUGACUUAUUUUAGGUCAUCAUGCAUCAUUGAGAAAAAAAUUAGCCAUCACAAACAUCUUUGUGGGAGGCUAUAAGGUUAUUAUGGCAAUUUUUCAACCCAUUGAAUGAAUCCGCUCUAAUAAAUAGUUUUCAGUGUCCUUCCUAGGUAGGAUCGAGCACUAAAAGUUAUUGAAUGACCUUGAUUUUACAAAAAAGGGUUCCCUGAAAUCUGUUGUUUUUCAAAUAUUAACUGCUGUACCAGUAUAUAAACCAGUAUUCACUGAUCUGAGAAUAGAGGUCAUGAAUACAUGUACACACCUUAUUACGUGGAUGGAGCCACGGAAAAAGUCAGGCUGAAGCGAACCAACCUGUAUUUAAUGUUCACUUUUAAUGCAUUUGCUCCUAGGAAUGUUGACUUAAAGUGCCUUUUGAAUUAAGUCAGGGCAUUUUCUUACAAACAUCAGUCUAUUUUAUUUAUUAUCUGUCAAAACCUGUAUUUAGUGGACACUAAAGCAUUCCCAUAGGGUGUCUGCUUAAUACAAGUUUCACUGUAUAGAACAAUAAUUACAAAGUGUGUUAACAUAUGUUACGGGUCAAAUUGAUUUAAUUUGAUUUAACCUAGGUUGAUUCUCAAUUUCCUUUGUUUCCUAGCAAAGAGUAUAAAAAAGAAAAAAAAAAGAAUAUAAACCAUUUCUACUUAUAACAGUCAGGCAUCUUAAACAACUCUAAUCUGUUACUUAGCUCUAUUUAUUUAAUUAUUUAAUUUAAAUAGUUUUUUUUAUUAGUACUGUAUAACCUCCACCCACUUGUAACUGCUCUGUGGUAGUAGUCAACUCGAAAGCUUGGCUCCUUUGGCUGCCACACACUCUUUUCCUUUGUUAUGUUUAAUUCAAUGUAUAGUUAGCUCUGUUUUUUACUAGGGCUAGGAGACAAAGGAGACAAAGGAAAUUGAAAAUCAACCUAGCUUAAAUCAAAAUUAACCUACAAUCAGAUUUGACCUGUGACAUAUACACAAUGGUAAAUAUUUUUCAGGUCACUGAAGGUGAAGAAGGAAAUGAAUCUGUCAUUUACAAAAUUGAAAUUCCAGCCAACAGGUAUGAAUACUCUCAAGGACCAAAAAAUUAAAAAAGAAAUAUGUGAAGCUUAGCUGGAAUUUCCAGGGUAGGGGUGGUUGGGGUUAGGAAAAUUCCCUGCAUAGGGGAGGUACAUGUACAUGAACAGAUAUUUUCUUGAAUUAAAAGUACUCGUACACUGCAAAUCUGUAAUAUUACAUAAUCAUGACAGCUUUAGUAUUAAUUUUUACUUAAAGUACAUAAAAUGCUCAUAGAAUGCUUUUGUACAUUUUUGUACAAGACGAUUGUUUAUACAAUAAUUAUGACGCAUUUUUUUGCUUGUUGUGAAGCAACUGUUAAUGUGAACUGUACAGCUGUAUAUAUAUAUAUCAUAAUUUACUUUAAAAUCUCAACAGAUAUGAUCUUCUCUGCAUAGAGGGAAUAUCACGAGGAAUUCAAGUUUUCCUUGGAAAGUGAGUAAUGUUAACUGUCUUUAAGACUGAGGCCGUUGGGUUGGCACUGGAAACUGGUUUUUGUCUUAGAGUUUCAGUGUAUCUCUUGUCCGUUUUUCAGGGGUACACUACAAUUCUUUCGGUGGGAAAAGUUUUCCCAAAAAAGCUUAAGGAUCCAACAUCCUUCCCAGACUUCUCUCCUACUCUUCCUUUGAAGGAAGAGUAGGACAGAAACCUGGAAUCAAGUUUGCCUGAGGACCAUGAAUAUAAAAUAAUGUUAUGAAUGCAGGUCAUCAUUGAAACAAGAUUUUCAUUCAGGUUUUCUGGGUAAAGAGACAUGACCUUUUUUGCAUUAAAUUUUUUGUCUGACCUGUUUGACUGAAUUUUGCUCAUUUGAGUAUGAUCCAAAAGAUGUUUUCCCCUGUACAAGGUGGAUUUCAAAGUGUGUUGUCUAAGGUUGUCUAAGAGCAUCAAAAUUGAUGAUGCCACUAGUACAGUCAACUCUCUCUAAGACGGACACCUUUAGGACCGGUACUAAGUGUCCGUCUUAGAGAGGUGUCCGUCUUAUAGAGAGUCAAAUAAAAGGAGUAAAGAAAGGCAGGGACCAACUCUUAGUGUCCGUUUUACAGAGGUGUCGGUUAAGAGAGAGUCAACUGUAGUCAAUAAAAGGGAUGUGCAUGUACAUCCUACAUUAAGCCCCUUUUCAAAUUGAAGCUGAUGCUUAUGGGGUCCCAUAGUUAGAAACAGAAAUACAUGUAUAUGGCCUUAAGUGAAACUUCUAUUAACAAGCACAUGUCACAGGCUCGAGUUUAACAAACAAUACAGUUUGUAUUGGUAAUUAUUGAUUAUGUCUUGUUUGUGUACAUCUAGGAUAAAGGCUCCAAGAUACAAAGCUGUUAAUCCAGAUGGGGGAUUGCAAAGGUUGAAGAUCUCCAAGAAUGUAUGUCUUGCCUCCUUUCUUGAAAAUUUUAUCUAUAUAUUAUUUUAUAUGCUGUGUACUAACAGGUCCUUUGGUAGCUCAGUGCAAAAACAAAAAUCAGGUGGGAAGUUAUGCAGUUUUUUUCCCUUGACAAAGCAAUCAAUAAGGUGGCGAACAGGUCAGCUGUUAUAUGACAAUUUAUGUGAUUUCUCUAGUCUAGAAUGCACACCACAGUCUUCAGAUUGGGAAAGACUGUAAACAUGACUAGUAAAAACUAUAGCUUGGCAUAAUUAUGUCUGUUGAAUGAAUUGGCGAUGUUCACUGCAAUUUUAAUCUAGUGGCCAAAAUGUUUUCUGCUUGGCAUGGCAACCAAAAUGGCCCUGGCCUGGAGCACUGUGGAGAGUGCAUACAAGCUUGAAUACCGUCUCCUCUCUCUUAACAGACACCUGUAUGAAACAGACACCUAGAGUUGACCCAUGCCUUUCUUACAAUGACUUCCUGUAGUUCACUAGUCUCUCAAUGACAGACACCUCUGAUCUCUAAGGUGGACACAUAUGCUGGGGUGCCUGUGCUAAAUGUGUCCUUCUUAGAGAAGGUCCAAUUUUGAAAGAUAAUCUCCCUUUGAGUGUUGUAUAAAUCUUGUAUAAAUCCUGUCAUAAGUACAGCUUGUAACAUUAAUUUUCAUUGAUUUGAUCCUUUCUAUCCUUCUUUCACUUAAUUUGUCCUCUUUCAUCAGACUGCUCUUGUGAGGCCACACUGUGUCGCUGCUCUGCUAAGAAACAUAAAAUUUACUCAGGUUUGUGCUGCUGCAUACAUUUUGUACCUUGGAGAAUUUUCUACUUACCAUACAUAUCUCUCAUUAGCAAAGUCCAUGGUCCAAUCACACUUGGGCUGUAAAAUGCAGGCGCUGGGAGAGUCAAUGAAGAUAUAAAGACAGUAAUUUACAGUUGUAUAUACAGACUGAGAAAAAGAGAUUGAUACAGUAAGAUGUUUAUGGAAAAAGAAAAAGGCACAUAACAACUUAGCACUUAACACACCUUAGUAUUAUAAUAAUAAUAUAUUGUAACAAGGGUUUAUGAUUGGGGCUUUUUUGUUAAGAUAUAAGCUAUAGACUAUGACUGUUGUUUAUCUUUUCUUGUAUAAUGUUAUACUGUUUUUGGCAGGCAAGUUAUGAUAGCUUCAUUGAUCUGCAAGACAAACUGCAUCACAACCUGUGCCGACGUCGAAGCCUUGUUGCCAUAGGAACACAUGAUUUUGACACCCUCAAAGGGCCAUUUCUGUUUGAUGCCCUCCCUCCAUCAGAAAUCAAGUUCAAACCACUUAAUCAAGUAUGUUGUGACAAGAAAAUGUUAAGUAAACUAAGAUUAAAAAAAAAAAAAAAAGAUUUUAUGGUGGAUUAGUGUAGAUUCAGUUAUAUCUUACAUGUAUUCUAACUAUUGCUGUUGCUGUUUUUCUUCAGACAAAAGAAUUUACUGCUGUUGAACUGAUGGAUUUAUAUAAAGUAAGGAAAGAACAGAAAAAUUUAUUUUAAAAUCAUCAAUUUUUAUGGUAACCACCCAGAAAAUUAUCUUUGGGCUCACCUCAAGAUCAAAUGGUAUAGAGCGUGUUCACUUGACCUCACGGCGGCCAUAUUACUGUUCCAAAACAAUGAAAUAGCAGCCAUGUUGGUGUUCCAAACCAAUCCUGUGGGAGUUGAACUCUUUUGUUAUGCAAAAGCUUUCUCUUGGUCCAACAAAUUUGCAUAGAUGCUAGCCACGCGAGAGAAAAUGCUCCAUAAUUAUGUAUUUGUUUGAGACCUCUCAAUUACAGUUGGGGAGCAAGGGUGGUUCAUUGAUGAGAGCAUGUACUCGCUCCUUCUGCCAGAAUGAGGCAGGGCCAUAUUGGGUGAUUUUGAAGGUGUACAUGUAUGGGAAGAAAAGUUAGAGUGCGGAAGUCACUCCAAGGUGGGGUGGGGGUCUGGGGGCAUGUCCCCCGCCCCCUCCCCCCCCCCCCAAAAAAAAAUAAAAAUAAAAAUAAAUUUAGGGUCUAAGAAAUUCCAUUUCCUGGGUUUCCCGUAGGUCAUUUUCAAUAAUUAAAAUGCAGUAGUUAAUAUUUUUUAUUUUACCCAUCUCUAGCAUUAUAAUAAAAGAAUAAUAGAAGGAUAAAGGAAAUACUCCCACAAAGACUCCAAUAUUACGCGAAAAAUUUAUCCGUUAUCCCGAUUUCAUGAUAACAAUGCUUCCUGAAAGUAAAAAAGAAAUAUGCAUGGGCCUAUUUGCAUAUACAGUGUAUGGACGCUACGUUCCUGUGUGGUCCAGGCUGAAAUCCCAGCAUCAACAUUCAGGAACUUGAGUAUGUUGUUCAGGUUCUUUUCUUUACUCUGUGAGCAAGUCCUUUUCCAGGUAUGUCAGUUUUCCCCUCUCCUCAAAAACCAACACUUCCAAAUUCCAAUUUGAUCUGGGACACACAGAAAAAUGUAAAAGAGUUCUUAAUAAUUUCUUAGUGUUUUGUGGGUAAAUUACAAUUUCAGGGCCAGUGCUCUGACCACUCAGUCACCAUCGUUGUUUUCAACAUUGCUGUUUUUCAUUUUGCAGGGAGAAAGCCAUUUAAAACAGUACUUGCCAAUCAUAAGAGACAAACCAGUUUAUCCCAUAAUUUUUGAUGCCAAUGGUGUUGUGCUUUCCAUGCCACCCAUCAUCAAUGGUAUGGUGUGAUAAUUAGUGGAAGCAUAGUGGUCAAGUGUCGGCAUGUCAGACUUACAAUUCAAAGAUCGCGGGUUCAAGUCCAGCUCUCGCUAUAUGCUGGAUUUGUUCUUGGUCAUCCCGAGUUCAAAUCCUUCUCCACAUUAAUUUUGUAUAUUAUAGCCAACUGGUUGCUUCCUGCCGGCUGGGUUUUUAAUCCUGUUAUGCUGUAUUUGAAUUAUUUGUUUCUAAGAAUUUGAGUGGAGUGCCUUUAAACUAGCUGGAUAAGCUGAGCGCACUUUCCAGUAUAAACAAACCCUUAACCUUUUUGAUCUUUAUAAUUACCAUAUUUAUUUUCUCAACUGGUACUACCAGGUCCACAAACCUAAGACUGAAAAAAGGCUGUUUAGUUGUCAUGAGAAAAUCCUUUACGUUAAUGUUUUUACAGAUAAUUACCAUGAAAGUUUUUAAAAGUAUAAGAUAGUGCCGUCAAACCUCUUUUUAAUAUACAGACACCAAAAUGACCCAGGUGUCUGUAGUAUGGACCAAGAGAACUAUCGGUAAUAGCUGUCUUGAGUAUGUAGAGGUGUCUAUAUUAUGCAUAGGUGUCUAUGGUACAUGUAUGCGUAGGUGUAGACUGCAGUAUGCAGAGGUGUCUGUUGUAUCCUGAGGGGUUCACACUGUGCAUAGGUUUCCUUGGUAUGCAAGGGUGUCCAUAGUUUAUGCAAAGGUGUGUGUAGUAAUGACUUUUUUGUAUGCAAAGGUGUCCAUAGUAUGUGAAAUGAAGAAUGCAGAGGUGUCUGUAGUAUGCAUAUUGUGUUCAUAAUGGAGAGGUGUCCACAGUAUGAAGAGGUAUCCAUAGUAUGCAUAUUGCAUUCAUAAUGGCGAGGUGUCCACAGUAUGGAGAGGUAUCCAUAGUAUGCAUAUUGCAUUCAUAAUGGCGAGGUGUCCAUAGUAUUCAUGGAGAGGUGUCCACAGUAUGGAGAGGUGUCCGUAGUAUGCAUAUUGCAUUCAUAAUGGAGAGGUGUCCAUAGUAUGUGUAUUGCAUUCAUAAUGGAAAGGGGCCAUAGUAUGCAUGGAGAGGUGUCCACAGUAUGGAGAGGUGUCCGUAGUAUGCAUAUUACUAGGAUAAAGGCUCCAAGAUACAAAGCUGUUAAUCCAGAUGGGGGAUUGCAAAGGUUGAAGAUCUCCAAGAAUGUAUGUCUUGCCUCCUUUCUUGAAAAUUUUAUCUAUAUAUUAUUUUAUAUGCUGUGUGCUAACAGGUCCUUUGAUAGCUCAGUGCAAAAACAAAAAUCAAGUGGGAAAUUAUGCUGUUUUUUCCCUUGACAAAGCAAUCAACAAGGUGGCGAACAGGUCAGCUGUUAUAUGGCAAUUUAUGUGAUUUCUCUAGUCUAGAAUGUACACCACAGUCUUCAGAUUGGGAAAGACUAUAAACAUGACUAGUAAAAACUGUGGCUCGUUAUAAUUAUGUCUGUUGAAUGAAUUGGCGAUGUUCACUGCAAUUUUAAUCUAGUGGCCAAAAUUUUUCUACUUGGCAUGGCAACCGAAAUGGCCCUGGCCUGGAGCACUGUGGAGAGUGCAUACAAGCUUGAAUACGGUCUCCUCUCUCUUAAUAGACACCUGUAUGAAACAGACACCUAGAGUUGACCCAUGCCUUUCUUACAGUAACUUCAUGUAGUUCACUUGACUCUCUAUAAGACAGACACCUCUGAUCUCUAAGGUGGACACAUAUGCUGAGAUGCCUGUGCUUAAUGUGUCCUUCUUAGAGGAGGUCCAAUUUUGAAAGAUAAUCUCCCUUUGAGUGUUGUAUAAAUCUCGUAUAAAUCCUGUCAUAAGUACAGCUUGUAACAUUAAUUUUCAUUGAUUUGAUCACUUCUAUCCUUGUUUCACGUAAUUUGUCCUCUUUCAUCAGACUGCUCUUGUGAGGCCACACUGUGUCGCUGCUCUUCUAAGAAACAUAAAAUUUACUCAGGUUUGUGUAGCUGCAUACCUUGGAGGGUUUUCUACCUACUUUACACACCUCUCAUUAGCAAAGUAUAUGGUUCAGUCACACUUGGGCCAUAAAUCCCAGGCCCGGGGAGAGUCAAUGAAGAUGUACCUGUAAAGACAAUAAUUUACAGUUGCUACAAUGUAUACAGACUGAGCAAAAGAGAUUGAUACAGUAAGAUGUUUGUGGAAAAAGAAAAAGGCACAUAACAACUUAGCACUUAACACACCUUAGUAUUAUAAUAAUAACAAAUUGUAACAAGGGUUUAUGAUUGGGGCUUUUUUUUUGGCAGGCCAGUUAUGAUAGCUUCAUUGAUCUGCAAGACAAACUGCAUCACAACCUGUGCCGACGUCGAAGCCUUGUUGCCAUAGGAACACAUGAUUUUGACACCCUCAAAGGGCCAUUUCUGUUUGAUGCCCUCCCUCCAUCAGAAAUCAAGUUCAAACCGCUUAAUCAAGUAUGUUGUGACAAGAAAAUGUUAAGUAAACUAAGGUUUAAAAAAAAAAAAAGAUUUUAUGUUGGAUUCCUGUAGAUUCAGUUAUAUCUUACAUGUAUUCUGAACAUUGCUGUUGUUGUUUUUCUUCAGACAAAAGAAUUUACUGCUGUUGAACUGAUGGAUUUAUAUAAAGUAAGGAAAGAACAGAAAAAUUUGUUUUAAAAUCAUCAAUUUUUAUGGCAACCACCCAGAAAAUUAUCUUUGGGGUUCACCUCAAGAUCAAAUGGUAUAGAGCAUUAAUUUUCACAUGACCUUACGGCGGUUGUAUUGGUGUUCCAAAACAAUGAAAUUGCGGCCAUGUUGAUGUUCCAAAUUAAUCCUGUUUUUUUUUUGUUCCAAAAAUUUGCAUAGAUGCUAACCACGUGAGAGAAAACAUUCCAUAAUUAUGUAUUUGUUUGAGACCUCUCAAUUACAGUUGGGGAGUAAGAGUGGUACAGCGAUAAGAGCAUGUACUCGCACCUUCUGCCAGAGUGUGGCAGGGCGGUAUUGGGUGAAUUUGAAGGUGUACGCAUGGGAAGAAAAGUUAGAGUGCAGAGGGGUCUCAGAAAUGCCAUUUCCUGCGUUUCCCAUAGGUCAUUUUCAGUAAUUAAAUUGCAGUAGCUAAUAUUUUUUAUUUUACCCAUCUCUGGCGUGAUAAUAAAAGAAUAUUAAAAGGAUAAAGGAAACACUUGCACAAAGAAACCAAUAUAAUGCAAAAAAUUUAUCUGUUAUCUUGAUUUCAUGGUAAUAAUACUUUCUGGAAAGAAAAAAGAAAUUUUCCCAGAUUUCAGUUGUACGCACUGGCCUGUAUUUGCAUAUGUGGACGCUUACGUUCCGGUGUGGUUCAGGCUGAAAUCCCAGCAUCAACAUGUGUGAACUUGAGUAUGUUGUUCAGGUUCUUUUCGGUACUCUGAAAGGUCCUUCUCCAGGUAUGUCUGUUUUCCCCUCUCCUCAAAAACCAACACUUCCAAAUUCCAAUUUGAUCUGGGACACACAGAAAAAUGUAAAAGAGUUGUUAAUAAUUUCUUAGUGUUUUGUGGGUAAGAAAAUUAUUACAAAUUACAAUUUCAGGGCCAGUGCUCUGACCACUCAGUCACCAUUGUUGUUUUCAACAUUGCUGUUUUUCAUUUUGCAGGGAGAAAGCCAUUUAAAACAGUACUUGCCAAUCAUAAGAGACAAACCAGUUUAUCCCAUAAUUUUUGAUGCCAAUGGUGUUGUGCUUUCCAUGCCACCCAUUAUCAAUGGUAUGGUAUGAUAAUUAGUGGAAGCAUAGUGGUCAAGUGUCGGCAUGUCAGACUUACACUUCACAAUUCGUCCAGCUCUGCCCAUAUGCUGGAUUUGUUCCUGGUCGUCCCGAGUUCAAAUCCUUCUCCAAAUUUGUAUAUUAUAGUCAACUGGUUGCCUCCUGCCAGCUGGGUUUUUAAUCCUGUUAUGCUGUAUUUGAAUUAUUUGUUUCUAAAAAUUUGAGUGGAGUGCCUGUAAACUAGCUGGAUAAGCUGAGCACACUUUCCACUAUAAACAAAUCCUUAACCAUUUUUACCUUUAUAAUUACCAUAUUUAUUUUCUCAACUGGUACUGCCAGGUCCACAAACCUAAGACUGAAAAAAAGGCUGUUUAGUUGCCAUGAGAAAAUCCUUUACAUUAAUGUUUUUACAGAUAAUUACCAUGAAAGUUUUUAAAAAGUAUAAGAUCAAGUGCCCUCAAACCUCUUUUUAAAAUACAGACACCAAAAUGACCCAGGUGUCUGUAGUAUGGACCAAGAGAACUAUCGGUAAUAGCUGUCUUGAGUAUGAAGAGAUGUCUAUAAUUAUUAUGCAUAGGUGUCCAUGGUACAUGUAUGCGUAGGUGUAGACUGCAGUAUGCAGAGGUGUCUGUAGUAUCCUGAGGGGUUCAUAUUGUGCAUAGGUUUCCUUGGUAUGCAAGGGUGUCCAUAGUUUAUGCAAAGGUCUGUGUAGUAAUGACUUGUAUGCAAAGGUGUCCAUAGUAUGUGAAAUGAAGAAUGCAGAGGUGUCUGUAGUAUGCAUAUUGUGUUCAUAAUGGAGAGGUGUCCACAGUAUGGAGAGGUGUCCAUAGUAUGCAUAUUACAUUCAUAAUGGAAAGGUUCCAUAGUAUGCUUGGAGAGGUGUCCACAGUAUGGAGAGGUGUCCAUAGUAUGCAUAUUGCAUUCAUAAUGGAGAGGUGUCCACAGUAUGGAAAGGUGUCUAUACUAUGCAAAGAUGUCCGUAUUAUGCAGAGGUGUUUGAAAUAAAGAGGUGUCCAAAGUAUGUGGACAGCUCUAAUGUAUGUCAUUAAGGAGAGGUUAAACAAGCACAGCAUAAGCAAAGCAAAACAAGCACAUACAACAGCCAUUCAGCCAUAUUGGGCAGCAGACAAGUAAUAUUAUUUUGUUCAUCCUGCAUUGUACUUGAAAGAAAAUACUCCGACAAAAGCCCAUACCUAAUGUAUAUGUAUUUAUGGAUACAUAAUGAUCUAUUUCUUUCAGGUGAACACUCAAAGAUAACUCUUAACACACGAAAUGUUUUUAUCGAAAGCACUGCUACAGAUCUGCACAAGGUAACUUUUAGGCUAAAUGAAAGCAGGUUUAAGCCGAUAGUGUUGCUUGAUGACGAAAUGUGUUCUAUGUACAGUGGUUCAAAAUGUGGCCAUUGUGGUGGCCAUAGUGAGUAGAAAAAUGAACUGUGAACACGUCACUGACUAAUGAUUUUUUUUACCUUUUCAGGCAAAAAUUGUCCUGGACACCUUGGUGACCAUGUUCAGUGUGUAUUGCGAUGAGCCGUUUGUGUAAGUUUGCUCUAUAAUGUAAAUUGUAAAAUAAACAAAAAAUGUUUGUAUAUAUAUAAAAGUUUCACUUAUCCUAGGAGUGUUCAAUGCAUAAAAUAUGCAGAGUGCAAUUCAAAUGCAAAGGCUGAAAAUUAAGUUGUAACUUGGAGUUUCAUGUACUAGGUGAUGAUCGCUUAGUGCCUGGAACUCUGAGUCACAACUUAAUUUUCAUCCUUUGCAUGUUUAGUGUACAUUGUACACAGUUGUAUGGCUGACUAUGUGCAUACCAGUGCUUGUACUAAGUCUCAUGAUUUUCUAAGUGAUGAAUCCCCUGGUCUCACAAUCAGUCUCAGUAGUCUUUGUCCUGGGAAACAGGUUCAUAAUCCAAUGUUCUACAGUGUAGUUUGUUUGCAUAUUAAUGGUUGGCUCACAGAAGUGAUAUUCUUGUGCAAAUUCUACACAAAUAAUACAUAGUAGAUAUAGCCUUACCAUUGCGAGUACUUCUUAUUAAAUUGGCUGUUUUUUGUUUCUGCUUUUGUUUUGCCUGUUUGUCGCUGUUUUUGUUGCUUCUUUUAUCCAUGAUGUGCACUUGCAGAUGAGGAAUAAUUAUUGCUGUUGUUGUUGUUCAUACUUGGCAUUUAAACCUAUUUAAUGUAUAAUUAUGUUACAGGUCAAAAUUAAAUUCAGGUUAAAAUUUUUUAAUGAUUCUUAAAUUCCUUUGUCUUCUAACCCUAAAUUAUGAAUAAUAAGAGCUAGGCGACAAAGGAAAUUGGGAAUUAACCUGGUUGAAAAAUUUUAAACUUAAUUUUAUUUUCACCUGUAACAUAUAUAACAUAAGCCAGGCAGUGUUAAUUGAGAGUUUUUUACAGUGGGGGCAGGAGCACAUACAUUGUGGCAUAUUACCUGAUGAAGCAUUAUGCAUUUUAUUUCUUCCAGGGUGGAGUCUGUGGAAGUAGAAAAGCCCAAUGGAUCCGUUGUUACUUACCCGGUAGGUUUUAUAAAAACUCAAAUGGAUUUUUGCAGUGCGACCGGGAAAACCACGAACACUUGAAAUAUCUCAGGAAUGUUUAUUGUCUUAUGGCCAAUCACAGCAAAGAUCAAGACACGCGAACUGGCCACGAAACCUGCUUGCUGUUUUGUUUUCUCACUCCUUAUUGGCUUUUUCUUGCAAUGCAAUAACAUUCCAGAAAUAUAUCUGGUGUUUUACCGGUUUUCCCGGUUUUACUGUAAUUAAAUACCAUGUGCUGACUAAAGAAUCGAGAACGGAGAACUUUUCCUUGACCAGCUUGACCAGUAUUAAACCAUUUCACUCUGCCAAACAAUGAUUUUUAUGGCAAGAUUAUUGGUACAGUCCUGUGCUGUUGCCAUUCAAAUAAAAUCGCUUUAGCAGAAUGUCUGCACAGUGUUAUUUCUUAGGAUUUUGCCAAUAGAGGUUUUAAUUUUUUGUUGAAUUCUUUUCUUUCGGCUUUAUUGGAAGUGAAAUGCUUUUGAAAAUCGUUUGAAUAAGCAUGUUCUAUCAUUUUCCAUACAGAGCAAUGCAGAUGGUCAUUCUUAUAGAAAGGUGACUAACAUGCACAACAUUGCAUUUUGCAACUGCUGCAAUUUUACAUUGUGUCUUUUUUUCUUGUGCUCGUAGGAACUGAAGUAUCGCCAUGAAGUAGUUGAAGUGGACCAAAUUAACAAGAAAAUUGGAAUCAAGUAAGUUAUUUAUUAUGAUUAUGAUUAUUAUUGUCUAUGGGAGAUUCUGGUAAACUCCCCAGCUUCCCCUCCCCUAAUCCAAUUUUAUCACUAACUUCUUCUUUGGGGCAAAAUGUUGGGUUAGGGAGGGGUGGAUGGGCAGAUUUCAGGAGCCUAUUUCAGACAACGCUACCAACGUACGUGGUAAGGGUAGCAGUUUUCAAUAUAUGUAACCAAUGCUGGCACAACAUCGCUCUAUAUUGGGAAGGCAUUGGUGACACGGUAGUGUGAACAGUCCUUCUUGUCUCAGUGCACUACCCCAAGAACGUCUGUGUGGAAGGCUAAGGCUCCUUCCAAAAGUCAGAACUGGCAGGCCACACCGGCCAUUUUGAAAAUGAAAUAUUAGUCUUCAAGGAUUGCAAUUUCCAGAUUCCUAACUUGUUUGAGGUCUUAUUUCUACCGUUUUUAUACUAUUUAAAAUCCUCUCUUAAGUUAAUGUAGGACCUGAUGCGAGACCCUAUCAACAAUCAUAACAAUCGUAACAAUUCUAUACUUGUUUGUCUUCAGGGAGUCGCCAGAGCGUGUUGCUGAUUUGCUGACUCGAAUGUGUCUACAAAGUGAGGUCAUUGACGGUGGUAAAAGUGUCAGAGUAGAAAUUCCUCCAACUAGAGCUGAUAUCCUUUAUUAUAACCAUUACCACUAAAGUUUUAGCCUUGAGAGACAAUUUCUUGCAAAAAAGUUAAAAAAUAAUUGCGAUUUUGUCUAAGCUUUCGAAUAGGUGGACAAUUGUUCAAUGCUAUCCAAUGGGCCUUCAGGUAUCUAUUCAGUGGUUAGGCUGCGGUUAUUCUAUCGGCCGAGAGGAUUUGGUGAACUAAAUCCUGAAUAUUUACUUCAGUGCAAAUCCACUUGUUACACAGUGUAAUUUGCAUAUGAUUGGAAUACCGGUAUGCACGAGUGCCUAAUGUAUUAGGGCCCCCAGGUAGGUGAGGUAACAUUUGGCCGGUCACCCCACCUAUCAUGUAAACGUGUUCAAAUUAAAAUGAGAGAUUAUAUGGACAGGCGGGUUACUUCACCUACCUGGGGUUAGCCUAAGUAUCAGGCGCUUCUGGGGGAAAAGAGGAAAGAUGGAAGCGAAAAAGGGAGAGAGCCCUCCCCCCUCCCCCAUCUAAAAUCUCCUCUCCCCUAGCCCCUUAGGAAGGCUUGAUACUCAGGCUAGCCUGGGGUCUCCCACCUCCAUGUAAACAGGCCCUAAGUCAGGUCUUCGCUCGUCAGUGUUAGUCGCUAUUCACACUUACGCAGUAAAGCUGACUUUUUCGGUGUGGUAUUGCACAAAGUAAAAAAGACCAACUAUGCUCCGUACACAAUUUGAAUUUGCUUUGAUACUAAAUGGUGCGUUGUUAGUCCGUGUUACGUACAAUGUUGAUUUCCUUGACAUUGUUUUCACAUAUCAUCCAUGAGUGUGAUAUAAUUGAGGACGUAGCUAUUUCUCACGGGUUUAAUAACAUUGUCAAGAGAAUACCACCAACGAAUACCAUUGGAAACCAGGUAACACCUCAUGCAGUUAACCAUGCUUUAAGAUAUUCUGUUAAAAUAAAGCGUGUUUUUCAUCUGGUAAUUGGAUUUAAAAGCAAGACUGAAACACCUUUGGAUAAGUUUGUUGUUGGUUGUGGCGUAGGGAAGUUUCAUAGUGAAGCGAAGCCAUAGCGCUUUUCAUAAGAAAUUCUUGGAACCAGAAGACACCAAACAUUUUUGUUGGUCACGUGAGCGAGUAAGUAAGCGUACGAGAUGACAUGUCACAUGGUCAAGUGUUACGCUCGUAUUUCGCUAUAAUUUGUCAUAUUUUUUCUUUUAUUUAUCCCCCACAUUCAUGUGGAUAUAACUAACCUGAGAUCAGGCCCAAUUUUAGCAGUUCUCAUACAUUCUCUCUUACGUAGUCGCGCUGCCUUGCCCGCCGGAAUGUUAUUAGCGACCUUACGAUCCGACAACGGCGACGUCCAUAAAAACGUCGGUGAAAAAUAGACUUCGCAUCCUUUUAAACUUUUUCUCGAUUAUCCCAAUUCGCCCUGUUACUUAAAAGAAGGGAAUCUUGGUUGGAACUGAAGAGAGGAGACCGCGCCCGGGUUCAGACAGAAAUGGUAGAAUUCAUCGCCUUGCCGGUCCCGUUCUCGAGUAAACUUAAAAUUUGGUCAUUUCAAGUCGUAGUUGUGCAGGGACAGUAAAGAAAUGUACAAAAAAGCGUGAUGCACGUGCAGAGUUGUGGUUUUGCUCAUUAAACCUAUUGCCUUUUUGACGUUCUGUUUGCCGUCGCCGUCGCAGUUUCGUAAGGUCCCUAUUUACAAAGCGUAACAAAAAUAGAGCCUGGUCUCAGGUUAGGAUAUAAUAGAACAAUAACACGCACAAAACACUCAAGUUUACCCUGCGAGGAGAGGUUUCGCUCGCAGGGUACUCAAGUGUUAUUUAACAUUGGGCCAGGGGCGGGGAAACAAGAAAAACGUAGGUAAAAAGUACAUUUUAGAAGCCUUCCGAACAUUUUGACGAUGAUUUUAAUUCCAACAUUCAGUAGAAAAAACACACAUACAAUGUUGUUUUUGAGGUCAGUGGCUCUCGAAACGUCAGCUUCUCUCUUUCCCUACGGCGGCCAAUCCUCUAUCAAAUUAGUUCAUAAAGCCAAAUCUUUGUGUUACCAAAUUUAUAUUUGCUUAGCUUUGUUUAUUUCUGUUUAUUUGUUUGUACUUGUAGACGUAGAUAUGUCACUGAAUUACUGAGACAAUAAACACUUAAUAACUGGUCCCGAGGGAAACAGUUGAUUUUGUUCCCCAAGGGACCAGUCUUUAAGUGAUUUGUUACGUAGCUGGAAAUUUUAAACCUGGAAAUUCAUUAAACCUCGCUGUAACGGCGGUCGUCUGUCAAUAUUCGCGAGUAGCACUGCGCUGUUACCCUGUGACGUCAUAGAUUUUGCAAUGUUGCCCGCGCACAUAUUUUGGCGGGAAACGAUUUUAUUGUUAGACCUCAUGUGACCUAGUAGUAACCAAUGAGAGCGCGCGCUGUUGAGAAAAAAAUUUCCAGCUAUAUAACAAGAUCAUCUUAAGUGUUUUAAUCAAUUCAAUUCUAUUUCUUCACAGUUCAAAUUGAACACACUGUGCGAUUUGUUGAGGCAGGAAAUAGCUCAGGCUGGAUUCACUGAAGUGCUCACUUUUGCACUGGUAUAGAAAUUUUAUCCUGUUCCUUUUUUAUCAAUCCCUCCCUUGAAAGAUAGUUAAGUUAAAUCCAGGGUUAAGCAAAGUUUUAACCUGUAAUUGGAGCGUGUAAGAUAUUGUAAAGCCUUUACUCUCAGAUACAGGUUGGGUAACACAAAAUGAUACUCUAAACAAAACAAGAAGGUAAAUACAAUGAAAAUUAGAGUAGCGUUAAUUGGCCAUUCAGGAAUCUUGCCCUGUCCUCCAACAAAAUUCAUGAAGCCGAUGUCAUGCGCAGGAGAACUUGUUUGACCCAAAAUUACAGUUCGUAACCUGAUUGGCUAAAACAAGUGACACUGCUUUUUUAGACAACAAAAUCGCGUGACAAUACAAAAAACAAAAACAGUUGGAAGAAAACUCGAAAAGAUAAAAAAAGGGAAGGAACUAUCGGAUACCAUCAGCACAUUUAAUGUUUGGUGUCGGUAGUGUAUUUAAUUGUGACAGGAAGUCCAAUAAGUUGUGCCGUCUUGAAGUAUUUACGAAGAUCGUUCAUAACCACUAUCAAUACGAUUAUAGGAUUCUGAUGCGUAAUUACAGCGAUGAUCCGGUGUAAAUUGUCGUAAAAAGUAAAUAAACCUUUUUUGGAUCUUUGAACUGAACCCUUUUUUUCGAUCUUCAAAAGGAGGAGGGUCUCAAUGGGAUUCCGGGAUUCGGGAUUUCUCUUAUUUGAAACUCGGUAUUCCGGAUUUUCCUUACUUCAAACACUGUCGGGGUUCGGGAAUUUUCUUAUUUGAAGCUCGGGAUUCGGGAUUUUCCUUAUUUGAAACUCGAGAUUCCGGAUUUGAGAGUAUGCGCGGGAGGUGUAAUGCCAAAAAAUAACCAUUGGGUUUAGUGGAUUGCACGAAAUUUUGGGUCGGGAUUAUGGGACUGAAGAACCCUAUUGGGGCCCUUCAAAGAGGAGAGAGAAUCGCGGUUAUUCCAAGGUGAUCGUUUUGUUAUUUUUAACUGCAGUGUUCUCGUGAUGAUGUGUCGGAGAAGCUCAAGAAGCCUUUAUCGUCAUCCAAAGCAGUUCACAUAUCCAAUCCAAAAACGCUGGAAUUCCAGGUAAACUAGUUUCCUUUGUUACUUCGAUGUUCUAAGUUCCAAUAGCCUUGAACGCCUUUGAAUAACGCCUACGUACCAGGGCAAAGAUAUUAGAGAAAGUAAGCAUUACGUUUACGUCAAAGGGCAACGUGAAUUUGUACCACGUGACCAAGUUUCCUCUUUACUUGUCGUUUAUUGUUCAUUAUUUCUACAUUCUCCUAAAUUAGUAGUUUCACGCAAUUUUUUUUAUCCAUAAGUCUUGUUUAAGCUGUUUUUAUCUGCUCACUUUCUAUUUUGUGAAAUUUUCAACUUGGAUCGAACGUUUGCCGUUUGCCAUAUACGUGAGGCUUUAAAAACUCUCUAUUAGACCACAUCAGCCUAAAGCCUUUCUGGCUGACACUUAACACUACGUGAAUUAAUGCUUAGUUACACUCCUUAAUGAAAUAAGUGAAAUCUGAAGUUCAAGAGUGCAACUCCAACUCGGUUCACUGAGAUCUGAGUGAUUCACUGAGAGCCAUAUCCGUGGUGCUAAACGGAGAAUCGUUGCCGGGAGUUGUCGACAGGACGAGUGUUUGCGUAACUGCUUAACCAUCUACUUUUUUGUUUCACUGUCUAGUUUGAAUUUUUCACUCCAAGUGGUGGCCAAUUUAACUCAACAAAAAAUCAAAUUUGCUUUUUGUAAAAUCAUUUAAUGUUAAUGGUACUCUUCAAAAGUUCUGCUAACGAGGUUUCAUUUGAAUGGUAACACCAUAGGAUUUCAUCCACAGUUUGGUCAUAAGUAAUUACUACGAAGGGGCCUAGACGCGAUAAGGAACAGUAGAUCCUGUAAACCUCAUAAGGUCAAAGGUGUCUAAGGCCCGUUUCAAACGUCGUGCUACUGCCGUGCCGAACUCAAUUCAUAAAUUAUAAAUACAUAAGAAUACAUUUAAAGGUUUGCUAAACGGUUUCUUUCUUCUUUUUUUUUUUUUCAUUUUUGGCAACAGCCGUUCUAUUCGACUGAAUUAAUUUCGACGUCUGAAACCAAGUCGUGCUAGUGUCGUGCUGCAGUCGAGCUACAGUCGAGCCAGUUUAGCACGGCAGUAGCAUGACGUUUGAAACAGGUCUUAGGGUCUUUAGGAGCUUGUUAGGCAAAUGCUUAGCGCGUAGGAAGUUACCAGACAACAAUUACAAUUUAAUUAUUAUUUUAUUUGUUUAUUUUUUUCAUUUCUUUCGUCUCUUGUUAACAUUAAAGAAAUUGUCGUAAUGUUUUUUGUUACGAUUUCUGCAGGUUGCCAGAACAACACUUAUCCCUGGUCUCUUAAAAACGGUCAGUUGUAACAAGAAGAUGCCGCUGCCGAUGAAACUGUUUGAAAUUUCAGAUGUGGUGCACAGCGAUGAACUAAAAGGUGAGGCUGAACUUGAAUAAAGCCGGUUAAAAUUGUAGCGAGUGGCUUAGCCUGUGCCACAGACGAAAGUAAACUCUGGUCAAGUCCGUCUGCGAAACAGCGCCGGAAUCUUUGUUCUGGGCCCCACCUGUGUACCGGGAUUUGAGUACGCGCCAUGUUUGGCCUGUUAAAAAAGCCAUUUCCCACUUGACAAUCAGGUUGAAGGGAAAAUCGAAACACAUUUCCGGUAAUUCAUUGAGUCCGUCGGGGGCCCAGAACAAAGAUAUCGGCGCUGCUUCGUAGACGUUACUAACCGGGGUUAGAUUGUUGUGCGACGCAGGCAAUAAGUGGCUGUGGAGAGUAGCUGAAUUGUAUGUGCUUUUGGUGACAAGUGUGGUUACUGUAAGAUGUGAAUGUGUGUGUUAUAGUUGCACUGAGUCAUACUCGUGAACUGUCCAUUGUAACGUGAAUCUGAAGUUUGCUAUCAAAAUAAUUCAUUAUGCCACCAAGGCUUCAAACGUCUGUUGGCACGGUAGAAUUAUCUCGAUUUUACGAACCCUUAGAUUUUCGAAAUUCGCGAUAAUUCCAACCAAACGAGUUCUAUGCAGUCAGUUGUUCGCCCGCUUUUGACAAGUGUAUUACCAUUUCCAUUUAGAUGUGGGCGCUCGGAAUCAUCGCCGUUUCUGUGCUGUUAAUUACAACAAGACGCCAGGGUUUGAGGUUAGUAGUGAUAUACAUGGUAUCAUGUCGUAUGUUUUGAGAAAGUUUGGUUUGCUCUUCCAGUUUUAACCGCGGCAGGAUGAGCUUAGUCGAUAAAUCGCUUGACCGUAGAGCGGAAGGUCGUGGAUACGAUUCCCGGGACCCGACCAAUACUCAGGGUCUUAAUAUAACUGAGAAAUAAAGGUACUGCCUUUGCCCUGCAAACGGGUUCACCCUCUCGUGGCUCGGACGACCGCAUUAAAUGGCGGUCCCGUCUCCAGUAGGAGACAUAAAGAGUACUUUCGUGCUAAAUAAAUUGACAUUCAAAUAAUAAUGAAAUAAAGAGGUUUUUUCUCCUCUUAUUUUUGUAGGGUUCGUACGGCUCAUAGAAAGCCUGGAAAGCCAUGGAAUUUAAGAAUUUCAUUUUCCAGGCAUAGAAAGUCACGAAAUGUAAUAGGCCAUGUUCCAGUUUUAAGCUCAGUGCCCUGGCCUUUGAAUAGUAGCGAGGCUGGGAAGACCUUGUUUUUACUGCAAACCUUCUUGCUCUCUAUGUGCAAAUCCUGUUAUCCUCAUGCGAACAAGCCCGUAAACAUGAUCAUUUAUAUAUGAAAAACAAGAAGGUUUGUAACUGAGCAGUCACCUCUAGCCUUGCUUCUAUCCAAAGUCCAGGGCAAUGAGCAUAAAACUGUAAAAUGGGCCAUUAUCAGCCAUGGAAAGUCAUCAAAAAGUUGUUUGGUAUCUUUUUCUUAGAUUCAAGGAAAAAAAUAAGACGAGGACAAGUAAUUAAACAGCGCGAACGUAACGUGUUUCGGUGGACUCCACAGUUUGUGUCUGUUAAACUGGGUUAUGUAAAAAAUACAAAAAACUUGGGUAAGUUUUCAAAAUCUCCGAAAGUGACAGCCAAAGCUAAGGUCAUGGAGAACUUGAGAAGGUUAUGGAAAAAGCUUUGGGAAAGUCAUGAAAUUUGAAGAGCUCAAAGGAGUACGAACCCCGUUUUUUUUUAGCCGUUUUAAACAGCGUUGUUAUGGAAUGAGCAGCUUUUAAAGUCCGUUCACUGUCAAUAGGGAGAUUUGAAGUAACACAAGCGAUUUAAUUGUUCUUUUAAAGGUUAUCCACGGUCUGUUGGACCGCACGAUGCAGCUUCUUGAAGUACCAUACACAGAAGAUAAAACCUCUACUCAUGGAUAUUACUUGAAAGCUCAUGAAGGUAUUUUUGUGAUAUGUGCUAGAACUUCCACUAAUCUUUUCUGUUUAUCAACGAGAAUGCUUACGACCACACUAUACCAUAUUAUACCCGAUAGCACGAAAAACCGUACCGGUAUAGGUGAACAUUGCCUUACUCAAAGACUUGUAAUAAACUGAAAUCUUAUCUCCGGUGAAACCAUAAUUGAUCUCUAACGUUUCAACGACGACUGUUUAAGCAUAUUGUCCUGAAGCUUUUGCACCUGUCUCAAGGGCUUGAUCAGUAAAUAUACAUAAUGUAAAUGUAAGUGUAAAUGUACAAAGCUUUGUCAAAUGGCCAUGAAAGUGAGAUCUUUACUUUAUGAAUUAGCCAUUGUUCAGGGUUAUGCAAACCAUUAAAAAGACUUACACCAGUCCUGCUAGGAAUUAGCCAUAACUCGAUACCCUCCACACACGGGCCAUAGGUGGGGUUUCGCGCUGGAUUUUUCGUGUUACUCUUGCGAGAUGUGACAACCCAGCCGGAGUAAUAAUUGCAUCAAAGAUAAUUUUCAGGAAUCGUUCAGACCAAGAAGCUAUUGCAAAGCUUGUUUAAAGUGAAAAGAGCAUCAAAUCUUUGCAUUGUACGUAAACGUAGUUAUUUCUGCUCUGGUAAUGUAUCACUGUUGGUAAAUUGAUUGAUUGGCUGGUUGAUUGAUUGAUUGGAUGAGUGAUGGAUGGAUGGAUGGAUGGAUGGUGAAUUGAAUGAUUGAAGGAAUGAUUAAGUGAUUGAUUGAGUGAUUGAUAGAUGGAUGGAUGAUUGGUUGAGUAAUUAAUUGAUUGAAUGAUUGAUUGAUGGAGUGAUAGAAGGAUUGAUUGAUGGAGUGAUUGGUGGAUGGAUGAAAGAUGGAUGGUGGAUUGAUUGAUUGGUUGAUUGACUGAUUGGUUGGUUGAUGACUGACUGAUUAAGUGAUUGAUUGAUUGAUUGUAUUAUCGAUUGAAUGAUUGAUUAACUGAUUAAUUAAGUGAAUGAUUGACUGACUGACUGAUUGAUUGAUUCUUCGAUUGAUUGAUUGAUUGAUUGAUUGAUUGACUGAGUAGUUGGCUAGUUGAUUGCUGAUUAGUAAACUGUUUACAUGAUCCUUCUUUUUUCAGAUGAAACCUUCUUCCCAGGUCGUUGUGCGCAGGUCAUCGCCAACGGAAAGCCAAUAGGAAUUAUACAAAAGUUCUGCUAACGAGGUUUCAUUUGAAUGGUAACACCAUAGGAUUUCAUCCACAGUUUGGUCAUAAGUAAUUACUACGAAGGGGCCUAGACGCGAUAAGGAACAGUAGAUCCUGUAAACCUCAUAAGGUCAAAGGUGUCUAAGGCCCGUUUCAAACGUCGUGCUACUGCCGUGCCGAACUCAAUUCAUAAAUUAUAAAUACAUAAGAAUACAUUUAAAGGUUUGCUAAACGGUUUCUUUCUUCUUUUUUUUUUUUUUCAUUUUUGGCAACAGCCGUUCUAUUCGACUGAAUUAAUUUCGACGUCUGAAACCAAGUCGUGCUAGUGUCGUGCUGCAGUCGAGCUACAGUCGAGCCAGUUUAGCACGGCAGUAGCAUGACGUUUGAAACAGGUCUUAGGGUCUUUAGGAGCUUGUUAGGCAAAUGCUUAGCGCGUAGGAAGUUACCAGACAACAAUUACAAUUUAAUUAUUAUUUUAUUUGUUUAUUUUUUUCAUUUCUUUCGUCUCUUGUUAACAUUAAAGAAAUUGUCGUAAUGUUUUUUGUUACGAUUUCUGCAGGUUGCCAGAACAACACUUAUCCCUGGUCUCUUAAAAACGGUCAGUUGUAACAAGAAGAUGCCGCUGCCGAUGAAACUGUUUGAAAUUUCAGAUGUGGUGCACAGCGAUGAACUAAAAGGUGAGGCUGAACUUGAAUAAAGCCGGUUAAAAUUGUAGCGAGUGGCUUAGCCUGUGCCACAGACGAAAGUAAACUCUGGUCAAGUCCGUCUGCGAAACAGCGCCGGAAUCUUUGUUCUGGGCCCCACCUGUGUACCGGGAUUUGAGUACGCGCCAUGUUUGGCCUGUUAAAAAAGCCAUUUCCCACUUGACAAUCAGGUUGAAGGGAAAAUCGAAACACAUUUCCGGUAAUUCAUUGAGUCCGUCGGGGGCCCAGAACAAAGAUAUCGGCGCUGCUUCGUAGACGUUACUAACCGGGGUUAGAUUGUUGUGCGACGCAGGCAAUAAGUGGCUGUGGAGAGUAGCUGAAUUGUAUGUGCUUUUGGUGACAAGUGUGGUUACUGUAAGAUGUGAAUGCGUGUGUUAUAGUUGCACUGAGUCAUACUCGUGAACUGUCCAUUGUAACGUGAAUCUGAAGUUUGCUAUCAAAAUAAUUCAAUAUGCCACCAAGGCUUCAAACGUCUGUUGGCACGGUAGAAUUAUCUCGAUUUUACGAACCCUUAGAUUUUCGAAAUUCGCGAUAAUUCCAACCAAACAACUUCUAUGUAGUCAGUUGUUCGCCCGCUUUUGACAAGUGUAUUGCCAUUUCCAUUUAGAUGUGGGCGCUCGGAAUCAUCGCCGUUUCUGUGCUGUUAAUUACAACAAGACGCCAGGGUUUGAGGUUAGUAGUGAUAUACAUGGUAUCAUGUCGUAUGUUUUGAGAAAGUUUGGUUUGCUCUUCCAGUUUUAACCGCGGCAGGAUGAGCUUAGUCGAUAAAUCGCUUGACCGUAGAGCGGAAGGUCGUGGAUACGAUUCCCGGGACCCGACCAAUACUCAGGGUCUUAAUAUAACUGAGAAAUAAAGGUACUGCCUUUGCCCUGCAAACGGGUUCACCCUCUCGUGGCUCGGACGACCGCAUUAAAUGGCGGUCCCGUCUCCAGUAGGAGACAUAAAGAGUACUUUCGUGCUAAAUAAAUUGACAUUCAAAUAAUAAUGAAAUAAAGAGGUUUUUUCUCCUCUUAUUUUUGUAGGGUUCGUACGGCUCAUAGAAAGCCUGGAAAGCCAUGGAAUUUAAGAAUUUCAUUUUCCAGGCAUAGAAAGUCACGAAAUGUAAUAGGCCAUGUUCCAGUUUUAAGCUCAGUGCCCUGGCCUUUGAAUAGUAGCGAGGCUGGGAAGACCUUGUUUUUACUGCAAACCUUCUUGCUCUCUAUGUGCAAAUCCUGUUAUCCUCAUGCGAACAAGCCCGUAAACAUGAUCAUUUAUAUAUGAAAAACAAGAAGGUUUGUAACUGAGCAGUCACCUCUAGCCUUGCUUCUAUCCAAAGUCCAGGGCAAUGAGCAUAAAACUGUAAAAUGGGCCAUUAUCAGCCAUGGAAAGUCAUCAAAAAGUUGUUUGGUAUCUUUUUCUUAGAUUCAAGGAAAAAAAUAAGACGAGGACAAGUAAUUAAACAGCGCGAACGUAACGUGUUUCGGUGGACUCCACAGUUUGUGUCUGUUAAACUGGGUUAUGUAAAAAAUACAAAAAACUUGGGUAAGUUUUCAAAAUCUCCGAAAGUGACAGCCAAAGCUAAGGUCAUGGAGAACUUGAGAAGGUUAUGGAAAAAGCUUUGGGAAAGUCAUGAAAUUUGAAGAGCUCAAAGGAGUACGAACCCCGUUUUUUUUUAGCCGUUUUAAACAGCGUUGUUAUGGAAUGAGCAGCUUUUAAAGUCCGUUCACUGUCAAUAGGGAGAUUUGAAGUAACACAAGCGAUUUAAUUGUUCUUUUAAAGGUUAUCCACGGUCUGUUGGACCGCACGAUGCAGCUUCUUGAAGUACCAUACACAGAAGAUAAAACCUCUACUCAUGGAUAUUACUUGAAAGCUCAUGAAGGUAUUUUUGUGAUAUGUGCUAGAACUUCCACUAAUCUUUUCUGUUUAUCAACGAGAAUGCUUACGACCACACUAUACCAUAUUAUACCCGAUAGCACGAAAAACCGUACCGGUAUAGGUGAACAUUGCCUUACUCAAAGACUUGUAAUAAACUGAAAUCUUAUCUCCGGUGAAACCAUAAUUGAUCUCUAACGUUUCAACGACGACUGUUUAAGCAUAUUGUCCUGAAGCUUUUGCACCUGUCUCAAGGGCUUGAUCAGUAAAUAUACAUAAUGUAAAUGUAAGUGUAAAUGUACAAAGCUUUGUCAAAUGGCCAUGAAAGUGAGAUCUUUACUUUAUGAAUUAGCCAUUGUUCAGGGUUAUGCAAACCAUUAAAAAGACUUACACCAGUCCUGCUAGGAAUUAGCCAUAACUCGAUACCCUCCACACACGGGCCAUAGGUGGGGUUUCGCGCUGGAUUUUUCGUGUUACUCUUGCGAGAUGUGACAACCCAGCCGGAGUAAUAAUUGCAUCAAAGAUAAUUUUCAGGAAUCGUUCAGACCAAGAAGCUAUUGCAAAGCUUGUUUAAAGUGAAAAGAGCAUCAAAUCUUUGCAUUGUACGUAAACGUAGUUAUUUCUGCUCUGGUAAUGUAUCACUGUUGGUAAAUUGAUUGAUUGGCUGGUUGAUUGAUUGAUUGGAUGAGUGAUGGAUGGAUGGAUGGAUGGAUGGUGAAUUGAAUGAUUGAAGGAAUGAUUAAGUGAUUGAUUGAGUGAUUGAUAGAUGGAUGGAUGAUUGGUUGAGUAAUUAAUUGAUUGAAUGAUUGAUUGAUGGAGUGAUAGAAGGAUUGAUUGAUGGAGUGAUUGGUGGAUGGAUGAAAGAUGGAUGGUGGAUUGAUUGAUUGGUUGAUUGACUGAUUGGUUGGUUGAUGACUGACUGAUUAAGUGAUUGAUUGAUUGAUUGUAUUAUCGAUUGAAUGAUUGAUUAACUGAUUAAUUAAGUGAAUGAUUGACUGACUGACUGAUUGAUUGAUUCUUCGAUUGAUUGAUUGAUUGAUUGAUUGAUUGACUGAGUAGUUGGCUAGUUGAUUGCUGAUUAGUAAACUGUUUACAUGAUCCUUCUUUUUUCAGAUGAAACCUUCUUCCCAGGUCGUUGUGCGCAGGUCAUCGCCAACGGAAAGCCAAUAGGAAUUAUGGGUGUCCUACACCCGGAAGUCGUCCAAAACUUUGAAUUAAACCUGCCAUGCGCAGUACUUGAAUUGGACGUGGAGGAAUUCCUCUGAAAAACAAUUUAAAUAACAUCUCGCAAGUGUUAAAAGAUGUAGGUCAAUUUUUUUCGACAUGUAUUUUUGUGUCACUAAUAUGUUAGGGAUCUUAAAAGUGAAACAUUCCCCUGCGGCGUCAUCUCUUCUAAGCACCAGCAUUAAUCAAGACAGUUCUUGUGUUUACACUUUUCAUACAACGGUAACCACUAUUCUACAGCUGCCCUGUAUGUGUAUUGGCGGUCUUUAGAGAGUUUAAGCAUCGUGUAUACGGCAAACGACAACUGUCAGAUUCAAGUUGAGAAUUUCUCAAAAUAGAAAAUGAGCAGAUAAAAAGAGCUCAAAACGAUUCUUAUGCAUGGAUAAAAAAAAAUUGCGUGAAACUACUAAUUUUUUUGUUGAAAUAAUGAACAGUAAGCGACAAGUGAAGGUGAAACUUGGUCACGUGGGACAAAUUCGCGUUUGCCGUUACACGUAAACGCAGGGUUUUUACAGGUCAUGGAAAACCUGGAAAGUCAUGAAAUUUAAGAAUUUCAUUUUUCUUAAAUUUAAUUUUUCAGGCCUGGGAAUUCAUAGAAUUUUGAAAAUUAUCGGUCCUUGAAAGUUUUGUUUGGUAGUUUAGUUACUUCUGAUAACAAAGCAAGGACAAUGUAAGGUAGAGAGAAGCACCUAAUCAGCGCAAACGGCACGCAUUUUGGUGGUCACCAGAGUCGAACUGUUUAAAGUCAAAAAAUACCGUAAAACAUGGAAAAUUUUAAAGUUUUUUUGAAAUGACAGUUAAACCUAAGAUCUUGAAAACUUGAGAAGGUCAUGAGAGAAGCCAUGGAAGGUCAUGGAAAUUAAGGAGCUCAAGAGAGAACGAACCCUGAAACGUGAUGCUUAUACUCUGUAUUUUUUCUUGAUGUUGUGGAUGGGUACAAUCACCAAAUGUUAUAAAA